CAAAAUUUGUGAUUUUGUUUCGAGUAUAUAGUUGCUUUCUCAUAACAAAUUCGUUCAGAUCACACAAUACAUACAUUGGGUACAGACUACAGAUCAUACGCUACCUUUAAAUACGAAGCACAAAAAAAUAGCAGAAAAGUUUGUAUAAAAGUUACAAUCACAUUCAUAGCUUUAUCAUCGACGUACAAAUUGGAAAAAUAGAAGUUAGAAAUAUGAGUGUUUCAAAAUUAGCCUCGGCUCUUACAAUGACUGUUAUGCUAUUCACAGCUGUGAAUGGUAUCUCUACCCAUACUAAAGAAGAGGUGAUGUUAAGAAUCCGAGAACGCCGACAAAGUGUGGGCCCAUUGACGGAACUGAGUCCCAGCGUCUUGGAUGUUAUCCAACAGUCCGGAUGCAAGGAUUACGGUUCUAGGCAGUGGUGCGACGAUGAUAUACAGUGUUCAUGGACAGGGUACAGUUGUAUUCCCGACGCCGCUGUAGCUUUAGCCGCGGAUCAGUGGGAGCGUAUUUGUCAACAGUACGACGACCAGGAAUUAUGCGAGACACCGGAAAUGUACGGAGAGUCCUUCGGGGGCACUUACUACUGUAAGUGGUUUGGUUCCGAUGGUAACUUGCAAGGAUGUCAGCCUGACGUUCUUAACGAGGAGGUGAAUGAGUUGUGUGAUACAUAUCCAUUCCGAUCCAUGUGCCGGAAUGUGCCUUACUGCAAAUUCAUUGAAAACGGGCAGAUAUGCCGAACACGAUUUCGAUCAGAGUUGAGCGAACGAUUGGACUUCGACAAUGAUGAGGUUCCCCCAGGAGGCGAGUGAAAAGCAAAGUGAGAUAGAGUAUACAAUGGGAGUGGAAUGAAGUCGCGCAUGAUUUGUCCAAAAUGUAGUCACGCAGUGCAUGUACAGGCUGAAGUCGCGGUUGAAUCGUACUUCGCCGCUCAGAAAGCCCCCAAUAUAUCUAUAUCUAGCCAAGGCGAUAUUGCUGUCACACAUCAAGACAUUGGUUGCUGCACUCUGAUGAUGUUCUUAUGCAGUGCAACUCACACUAGUGUCUGAGGCUACACUUAUCCUAGCUGUGCUAGUAAGCUGAGCUGCAUUUUCGGCGAUGCUAGAACUGGCACAAACGUAGUCGACUGUAAAAGAUCAGCUACAAAGAUGUAGAAGGGAAAAAGGUGAUAUUUAUGAUAUAAAAAACGAAAUAAAUAGUACGAACGAAACAAUCAAGCCGGCCUGUAUUGCUUUUAUCUUGUGUACCUUGCUUUGCAAAUCUACUGCCGCACCAUCGCACAGCAGUUGGGGCGGUGUAGCCGAAAGGUAAUAGGUGCUAGAGGGUGUGGAAGUCUUUGCUUGUUCCCUGCAUAUAUUAUGGGCGCAAAUGGCCUAAACCGGGUUGCUUAAAAGUGGAAAGCGUCCGGUUAUAAGUAAAAAAUAUUUUACCCUC